UAGAUAGGAUAGAUUCGCAAGUCGAAGUGGCUGCUAUCUAACCGCCGUUGUUCAUUCCUGAUUGAGGCAGCUGCUUGAAACAAUGCAGAAAUGCAUCAAACCGUACGCCUUUCACGCCAGCUUUCACACUAUGAAACCUCCCAUCUGAACCCAGCGUUAUUCAAUUCCAACAUCAAGGCCUUUAUUCAACAUGGCCAAUUCACUAAAGCCUUACAGCUAUUCUCUGUUUCUCCACUUUCAGUCACCAAUUUCACUUUUCCCUCUCUUCUUAAAGCUUCCACUUUCCUCUCUAACCUCAACUAUGGAAAGACCCUCCAUUCCACAAUCAUCCAAGUGGGUCUCCACUCCGACCCUUAUAUCACAACUUCACUUAUAAAUAUGUACACCAAAUGUGGGUCAUUUUCUUCUGCAGUUAAUGUGUUCGAAGAAAUGGUUACAAGAGAAGGCUUUGUUAAAGAUGUCACUUUAUGGAACUCUUUGCUUGAUGGGUAUCUCAAAUUUGGUCAAAUAAACGAGGGUUUGGCUCAUUUUAACAAAAUGCAGGCGCUUGGGGUACUUCCUGAUGCUUACUCACUUUCUAUUCUUCUUGGUGCUUUGGGGUUUAAGGAAGGAAAGCAAAUUCAUGGCUACAUUGUUAGGCAUAUCUUUAAGAGUGAUCCCUUUUUGGAAACUGCAUUGAUUGGUAUGUAUUCGAGUUGUAGUCAAAUAAUGGAGGCCUGGUUUGUAUUUGACCAUUUGGAAGAUAAGAGCAAUGUGGUUGUUUGGAAUGUAAUGAUUGGUGGUUUUCUCGAGAAUGGAGGAUGGGAAUGGAGCUUAAAGUUGUAUUCUUUAAUGAAAGCUGAGAAUGUUAAGUUUGUAUCAGAAUCGUUUAGUAGUUCCUUGAGUGCCUGUGUGUAUGGUGAUGUUGUGGAUUUUGGGAGGCAAGUUCAUUGUGAUUUGAUCAAAAUGGGAUUUGAAAAUAACCCUUUCGUUUAUACUUCUCUAUUGAGCAUGUAUGGAAAAUGCCAAUUUGUUGAAGAUGCUGAAAAUGUUUUCCGUCAGGUAUUGGAUAAAGGAAUUGAGUUAUGGAAUGCUAUGAUAUCAACUUUUGUUUGUAAUAAAUAUUUUUUUGCCUCUUUUGAAGUUUACAACAAGAUGAGAUAUAAUGCAAUAACCCCUGAUUCUUUCACAAUAUCUAAUGUUUUAUCAUGUAGCAGUAUGAUUGGAAUAUAUAAUGUUGGGCGGUCAGUUCAUGCAGAAUUAGUGAAGAGGCCUAUAGAGAAUAGUACUGCAGUUCAGAGUGCAUUGCUGACCAUGUACUGUAAAUGUGGCAGUGUUGGUGAUGCUAAUUUCAUUCUUAGCACAAUGAGGGAAAAGGAUGUCGUUGCUUGGGGUUCAAUGAUAUCAGGUUUUUGUCAAAAUAGGAAGUUCAGAGAAGCUUUAGAUUAUUUUGGAAAAAUGAAGGUAGAUGGAGGAGUAAGACCAGAUUCUGAUAUUAUGUCAAGUGUCAUCAACGCAUGUACUGGAUUGGAGAAUGUAGAUUCAGGGUGCGUGAUCCAUGGAUAUGUUAUCAGAAGUGGUUUGCACCAAGAUGUUUAUGUUGCUACUUCCCUUGUUGAUAUGUAUUCGAAAUGUGGUUUCCUGGGUAUGGCUGAACGUUUAUUCUCAGAUAUGCAUGACAAAAAUCUUGUUGCUUGGAAUUCCAUGAUAUCAAGCUAUUGCCGAAAUGGUCUGCCUGACCAGUCUAUAAAGCUUUUCUCUAGGAUAAUUCAGCAUGGUUUUUAUCCAGACUCUAUAUCCAUUACAAGCGUUCUCACUGCAGUUUCAUCCACAGCAGCUUUACUAAAUGGAAAGAUUAUCCAUGGAUAUGUUAUUAGGCUAGAGAUUGAAUCUGAUAUUCAUCUGGAGAAUGCAUUGAUGGAUAUGUAUUUUAAGUGUGGAUUCUUAAAAUAUUCUGAGUAUAUAUUUCAGAACAUGUCUCAGAAAGAUUUAGUUACAUGGAAUUGCAUGAUUUCUGGCUAUGGAUCUCAUGGCAAUUGCAUUGAAGCAUUGUCAUUAUUUAAUGAGAUGAAGAACAGUGGAAUCAAACCUGAUGAUGUUACUUUUCUUUCCCUGAUUUCAUCUUGCAAUCAUGCUGGUUUAGUUGAUGAAGGCCACAAGAUAUUUCAAUCCAUGAGAGCGGAGUAUGGGGUUGAACCUAAAAUGGAGCACUAUGUGAACAUUGUUGAUCUGUUUGGCCGUGCUGGACGUUUAGAUGAUGCUUAUAAUUUUGUAAAAUCCAUGACCAUUGAACCUGAUAGGAGUGUUUGGUUGAGUCUGUUGUGUGCCUCCCGAACCCAUUUAAAUGUGGAGCUUUGUGAACUGGCAGCUCACUACUUACUGAAACUGGAACCAGACAGGGGCAGCAAUUAUGUUCAGUUGUUACAUAUGUAUGGAGACGCUGAAUUAUGGGAGAAAGCUGCAAACAUCCGAGCAACAAUGAAAGAAAAGGGAUUGGAGAAAACCCCUGGAUGUAGUUGGAUUGAACUGAGGGAUAAAGUUGAUGUUUUCUUCUCAGGAGUUUCAUCUUCCAUGAGAACAGUGGAGAUUUAUGAGAUAUUACAUAGCAUUGGGAAACAUAUGGAGAAGGAAGGAGGUGAUUCUGAAAUUAUGGAGACAAUUUAAGACCUUCAGGAAAAUAGUCCCUGGAGAGAUCAGCUUCAACAUCCCACAAGCAAUACCUAAGAUUUUGCGGAUUUGUCUGCCAUGCGCUUGUGAACCGGCUUUAAGAGAAUGCUAACCAAGAUAAUCAGGUUCCACGGAGGGAACGAACACGGUCUUGAAUCAACUUCCUCUCCCAAUCUGCUACACCCUCAAAAGCAUGUCCAGGAAGAUUUUCAAAGGGCUCCUUCCAUGGAUCAUUCUUAGCCAGAUCAUAGGUGGCUCCUCGUAUUGCUCUUUUAUUGGGUCCACAAGGUCGUUUUGAGGUCAGUGCUUCGAAUGCUGUAUUUACCUGACAGUUUUAACAGAUACCAAGCAAUGAAACUUCAUAAGCUAAAGACAGUUAUGUUAUAGAAUCUAUUUUAUUUGGAUUCAGGUAGAAGAGUUGGAUAUGAGUAUGUGGCGAACAUAGAAUAUUUUUCUAUGUAUUUUGAGGGUUCUUGCCUCCUUGGAGGAUCAUAGCUCUUAUACCCUUGUCCGGAAACGCAUCAAAUAUGAGUACAUCAAAAAAAAAAAAAAGGAGUUGGAGCAACGUAGGUAGAAUUAGAGGAAGUGGAUGAUGCAAUGUAGAAUACUUACAUUCAUGCCGCAGAACCAGAACAUAUAUGCAAUAGCCACUGCUGGAGCUCUCCCUAAACCAGCUGUGCAGUGCACAUAUACUCUUCCUUUUCCCUCAGCAAUGGCCCAUUCCAAUGAAGAAACAGCUUUAGGUAAUAUAUUUCUCAAGGAAUCUGGAUCAAAGUCUCUUGCCUAUCAAUGCAUAAGAUAGCAGGAUCAAUUCAAGCAUCCAAAAACAUUAAACUUACUUACAAGUUAUCAUUUGAUUCACUUGUUUAUGAUAUCCAAACAGGACCAAUAAUUUUCUUUAAUGAAGCCUACAUUUCCUAGUAGUCAUUCAAACUUCAUUUAAGGAGUGUUGUUGAUCUGAUUCAUUUUUUCCUGAAUGAAUAAAUUAUUAUAAAGUGUGAGAAAAUUUUCCUUACAGGUGUUCUCAUAUGAUGAAUUCCAAGUUGUCGACAUCUUUUGAUUAUAGGCUGCAAGUCGAUUCCCCAAUACUCGAUGUCAUUGUCCUGCUGCAAGUUCAGUAUAUAGGCCACCUUCUCUUCUUGUUUCAGAUGAUCUAUGUCUUCGGGUUUCUGGGGCUGAGAGCCGACAAUCAAAUUGUCAGUUAUCAGUGUGUAGUUCAUGCCUGAAAAACAAGACAUGGAUCAUCAGAAUAAUUGAUCAACAUAUCAAGAAGAGGUGGCAUUGUCUUGAAAAAUGAAGUGCUGAAAUGUAGAAGUGGACAACUAGGAAUACAAAUGUUUGCAAGAUGCAGUACCAGACCAGGUCUAUAAACUUGUUCUCUUGAUGAUACUAUGUUUAGGGAUAAAUGAACAUAUGGAGCAUAGUUCCUAGCUUGAGAAUAAUGGCAAAGAUUGCUGUAAUAUAUAUACACAUUAUAGAAUGUUUUGGGGAAAAAUUCAAAUGCUCUACUAGAUGAAUGUCACUUUGUAGAUUAAGGUAGUAGAGAUCCUAACUAAUCUUUUUUUGCCUAAGUUA